AUGGCCGACGGCAUGAUCAUACUGAUUUUAUUGGCUAUAUGUCUAUCGGCACAUGGUAGGUAUAAAAAUCUUCGUCUAAAUACCUAGUAUAAUAUAAUUUUAGCGUCGAACCUGACCAUUUCCAUCGACGAGGAGUUGGCCCUCCACAGAGAACGCCGAGCUUGUCCCAGGAUCGUCCGCGUCGAGCCGCGGCCUUAUGGCGAAUGGUCCCGGUGGUCUUCUUGUUCGAAGACUUGCGGCGGAGGCGGAAUUCAGCAUCGCCGCAGGCAAUGUGUAGUGGAGAAUUGCCAGACCAGCGAGUCAAGAGCCUGCGGCAAUAUUCCAUGUGCAUUAGGAUGGUCGGAAUGGUGUGAAUGGGGCCAUUGUCGAGCGACUUGCGGCCAGGGAGAGCGGAUGAGGAUAAGAUAUUGCGAAGCCGGUAGGGUUUAUUGUAGAAAGAGACAUACUAUGACGCUAUUUGACUGA